AUGAAGGAGAAUACUUCAUACAGGAGACAGAUUAAUGCACUCAAAGUAGAAAAUAGAAGAUUGCAGGAGGAUUUAAGAGAAGCAGAAGACGGACUAGAAAAUAUAGAUAACAUGUUAAAAUUUAGUAUGUUUACCGUGGGUGGGAUGCUGAAUCCUUUCGUAUGGCAAGAAAAAAUCAUACGAUUUAUAUGUACUAAGGUCCUAAACAAGAGAAUGGAACAAAGACGCAAGGCACAAGAGGCUGCAGAAGCACAGGCUGGAGCAAAUAACCUAUACAAUCCCGCUGGAGAUUAUAUGGGUCAACCAGGGCCGUAUGACCCAUAUCAACCAUAUAACGAUUACGGAUAUGGAUGGAACGAUCAAUUUGGAUAUCCGAAUCAAUUUCCUGCACCAGGACCACAAGGAUGGUGGCCGGAACCCGAGUUCAUGCCAGGUCAGGGUCCUCCAUAUAGAGGGCCACCUCGGAAUCAACCUCCAAGACCGCAAAACCCAGGGCAGCCUCCAACUGGACCACAACCUCCUCGAAGGCCACCACAGCCUCCACCUGGGGCGUGGACUGGAAGAAACCAAGCACCGCCUCCGCCUGCGGCGCGCCCAGCGCAAUAUCCAGCACCGCCUCCACCUAGGCCGCGCCAAGCGCAAAACGCAGCACCGCCUCCGCCUGGGGCGCGGCCAACGCGAAAUCCAGGGCAGCCUCCACCUGGGGUGCAGACCAUGCAGAGGCAAGGAAGGCCUCCACCUGGGGUGCGGACCAUGCAGAGCCAAGGAAGGCCUCCACCUGGGGUGCGGACCAUGCAGAGCCAAGGAAGGCCUCCACCUGGGGUGCAAAAUUACUACUGGAGAAGACAGUGCACAGCCCUUGGGCAACAGUUGAAUGGCCAAAGGUGUUUCCCUGGGGAAGCAACUGUUGGUGGGACAGUUGCUUCUUUUGGGAAAUACUACUGGCUGAACUGCUGA